CUUUCACUGCCAACGAAUUCUGCCACCAAAAAUAAUACAAUAACCAAACGCAGAGCAGAGAGAGCCAGAAAGAGAGAGAGAGAGAACAGCGAAGAAGCUGCAGCAGAGAUGGGGGUGGACCGAGACAUAGACGAUCUUCCAAAGAACGCGGCGAACUACACGGCUUUAACGCCGGUUUGGUUUCUGGAGAGAGCGGCUGUGGUGCAUCCCACCAGAAAAUCACUGGUCCAUGGAUCUCUAUCCUACACGUGGCUACAGACUUACCAGCGUUGCCGUCGAUUGGCCUCCGCUCUCUCAAAGCUCUCUAUCGGACCCGGUUCCACUGUAGCAGUAAUUGCACCAAAUGUUCCAGCUAUUUAUGAAGCCCAUUUUGGUGUUCCAAUGGUUGGAGCAGUGGUAAAUUGUGUGAAUAUUCGUCUAAAUGCAUCAACUAUUGCUUUCCUUCUAGGCCAUUCAUCAUCUGCUGUUGUGAUCGUGGAUCAAGAGUUUUUUUCCUUGGCAGAGGAAGCUUUGAAAAUCUUGGCAGAAAAAAGUAGAGGCCAUUAUAAGCCUCCAUUUCUUGUUGUCGUAGGGGAUGAAAGUUGUGACCGUAAAACGCUCGAAUAUGCUUUGAAAAGAGGGGCUGUUGAAUAUGAGAAGUUCCUAGAAACCGGUGAUCCUGAGUGUUCUUGGGAACCACCAAAGGAUGAGUGGCAGAGCAUUGCUUUGGGUUAUACUUCUGGUACAACAGCCAGCCCUAAGGGUGUGGUAUUGAGCCACCGUGGGGCAUAUCUUAUGUCUUUGAGUGGAGCUCUUAUAUGGGGGAUGAAUGAAGGAGCUGUAUACCUCUGGACUCUACCAAUGUUCCAUUGCAAUGGCUGGUGUUACACUUGGACUCUUGCUGCUCUUUGUGGUACAAACAUAUGUCUUCGACAGGUUACAGCCAAGGCAGUCUAUGCAGCCAUAGCCAAGUAUGGUGUGACUCACUUUUGUGCUGCACCUGUGGUACUCAACACCAUAAUUAAUGCUCCACCAGAGGAGACUAUCCUUCCUCUUCCUCAUGUUGUAAAUGUAAAUACCGCAGGUGCUGCUCCACCCUCUUCUGUGCUCUUUGAAAUGUCCAAAAGGGGAUUCCGGGUUACCCAUACUUAUGGUCUCUCUGAAACUUAUGGUCCAUCAACGGUAUGUGCAUGGAAGCCUGAAUGGGACUCACUUCCCCUUGAGAAGCAAGCUCGACUUAAUGCACGCCAAGGGGUUCGGUAUAUUGGCUUGGAGGGCCUUGAUGUCAUCAAUCCCAAGACAAUGCAACCUGUUCCUGCUGAUGGAACCUCCAUAGGAGAGAUUAUGAUGCGCGGAAAUACUGUCAUGAAGGGUUACCUAAAGAACCCGAAAGUCAAUGAUGAGGUUUUCGCCAAUGGCUGGUUUCACUCGGGGGAUCUUGCUGUGAAACAUCCUGAUGGGUACAUCGAAAUCAAAGACAGAUCAAAGGACAUUAUAAUCUCUGGAGGUGAAAACAUUAGUAGCUUGGAGAUUGAGAAUACUCUAUAUCUGCAUCCUGCAAUUUUAGAGGUUUCAGUGGUUUCCAGGCCCGACGAACAGUGGGGUGAGUCUCCUUGCGCUUUCGUGUCAUUGAAGCCUAACGUGGAUAAAUCUAAUGAACAGCGUUUAGCAGAAGAUAUAAUGAAGUUCUGUAGGUCCAAGAUGCCAGCUUAUUGGGUUCCCAAAUCUGUGGUGUUUGGACCAUUGCCAAAGACAGCAACAGGGAAAAUACAGAAGCAUUUGCUGAGGGCCAGAGCAAAAGAAAUUGGGCCUGUUAGGAAGAGCAAAUUAUAGAUCACCGCCAAAAGCCCAAAAAAAAAAAAAAAAAAAAAAAAAAAAGAUGAGCAAAUUAUAACUGUAUGUUUGUGACCGAAUGAAAUAGUAUCUGCGAGGUGUUUGGCACAUGUUUUCUCAGAUUAUAUAUGUAUUUAAUAGCCUUUUUAACUUAUGCAAACAGGAAAAAAACUUUUUCCUCUGUAAUAAUGCUUCUUCAUUAUUGGAGGCCUUUGAAGGUUCCUUUUAUCAAA